GUUACACCAAUGUGAAGUACAACCUGAUCAAGUUGCAGCAAGAUCCAGGUCAUGCCCUGAAGAUUUUGAUCUACAAGCACGAAGUCCAUGAAGAGUAUGUGAUGGUGAAGUUUUGUCGCAUGGUUCAUUUGCAAGCAAACUUCACUGAGUGUGGUUUGAACCGUGCAUCGGUGCAAUAUACCUUGUCAUUGCUUGGAGCGGCUGACAAUGCAAAUGAGGAGCCAACAACAAUUGGUCCCACAACAUUAGGGGUUGCGCUAUCACCAGAUUCCACCAUGGGAUCACUUCUUGACAAACUCCUGCUGACCGUGAGAGUUUGGGGAUUCUUGUCACCCAAAGAGGUUGAAUCAUUUCAGAUGUGGAAGCUGGAGGACCAUAUCAUGUGGAACAGCAAGUCAGUUGUCUUGACAGGUGUGAUGCCCAAGCCAAGCGUUGUGGUGGAGGACAUUGGUGCAGUUGCUAACCCUUUGCUUAACGCCAACGCUGAAGAUGAAGAACCUGCUCCAAGGCGUCAGCGUUUGGUGUGA